AUGACAACUUACACACCACAAUACUUGGAAGAGAAAUUAACUGAAAAACUCGCUGCAACAUACGUAAAAGCUAUCGACGAAUCAGACGGUUGUGGCGGAAAAUUCAAGGUAAUUGUUGUAUCUGAACAAUUUGCAGGCAAAGGUCUAUUGCAACGACAUCGUUUAGUUAAUACAGCUUUAGCUGAAGAACUUAAAACUAUACACGCAUUCUCACAAACCAAUUACACACCCGAACAGUGGGAGAAAGUUCAAAAAGAAUAA